AUGAUGUACCCCGCGACGACCCGCUCGCCCGAGUUCCUCGGCCUGAGGAAGGACGCCGGCUUGUGGUCGAAAUCUAGCUACGGCAAAGGGAUCAUCAUCAGGGUGAUCAACUCCGGCAUCGAGUCGCGCCAUCCCUCGUUCGACGACGCCGGCAUGUCGCCACCGCCCGCCAGGUGGAAGGGCACGUGCACGGGCUUGGUCAGGCCCGUCCGGUGCAACAACAAGCUCAUUGGCGUCAGGUCCUUCGUGGACUACAACCCUGCCGACGUGACCGGCCACGGCAUGCACGUGGCGUCGAUUGCGGCGGGCAACUUCGUCGCCAACGCCUCGUCUUCCCACGGACUGGCCGCUGGGACGGCCGCCGGGAUCGCUCCCGGCGCACACCUGGCCGUGUACAAGGCCUGCAGACCUAGUGGGUGCCUCCGUUCGAAUAUAAUUCGUGCGAUUGACACGGCGGUGAGCGAUGGGGUCGACGUGAUCAACAUCUCCCUCGGCCGUAAACCGGGACUACCACUCGGAAGGGACGUUGUGGCCAUUGGCGCAUUUCGCGCGGUGGCCAAGGGUGUCGUCUUCGUGACUUCUGCUGGCAACGACGGCCCCGACCUGUCCACCGUCAAGAACGAAUCGCCGUGGAAGAUCACAGUGGGCGUCGGGUCGGUGGAUCGGAGCCUCUUCGCCGACCUUGUGCUAAAGUCGGGCGAGCUGGUCGAAGGAGAGGCGCUGGUGCAGGGGUCCAACUCGACCGCCUACCAACCCCUCCACUAUCCCGACGAUGGUAACAUGUGCAAGAAGGUGAGUGCCGACCGCAUGAGGGGCCACAUCGUGAUAUGCGACGAUGCGUUGGUUAACGUUGACACUCAGGCCCGCAUCAUCAAAAAUCUCUACGACAAUGGCGCAGCUCAAGUCGUGCUCAUCGGUCUGGAGAAAGCUGGUUUCACCUUGGGCUUCAGGGAGUAUGGCUCUUCCAUCGUGUAG